AUGCGAUACGGUGCGCAGCCCAAUCCUUCUUGCCUAUCUGCACCUUUAUGCUCCGAUCAACAACAUUACCCACUGAGCAUGAGUUCUGUUAAGACAUUACCCAACUCUCAUUGCUACAGUUUUUCAAACGGGCGUUCCCAUCCUGCGGUCGCUGCCCGAGACCAGAUUGAUGUUACGAACGCGGAUAUCUCCCAAUUCGAGUCAACUUCACUGUUUCCAUCAGCGGCCUCUAGCCUUCUUCCUGGCUAUUCAACUUUUACCACACCAACCGGGUCUGCUGUUAGCACCCAAGGUUGCCUCUGGCCGGGCCGAGGACUUGCACCUCCCUCUUUUGGCGACCAUACUGAGUCCUAUGCUGGAUGGGAUUUAAACUCAGGAAAUAUAUUUAUAUCUGCCGAUAGCCAAAAGGAUGCACAUGAGUUGGAUGAGCUAGGAAAUUUUAUCGAUAAAGAUAUACUACUGGCGAAUGAAGAUUUAGGAGAGGAGGCACUUGGAGAUUAUUGUGAUGUCAUUGCUGGGUUUGGAGUUGACGGGCAUCAUAUGGCGCGAGCAGUUUGCAAAUGCCUCACAGCUCUUUUAUUCAGUCAAGGCAAGUAUCACUUCAUUGAUGUAGUCGCCAUAUUUAUGAAUAUCAUAAUUUAUGAUGGGGCGACCUUCAUUUCGCAAGAAAGUGCAUAA